GUGCGCCUGCGUACGUGCGCAGCAGUUAAGGCCGCUCUGCCGCCCUUGGUGGCUGGCGAGCUGGAACCUGGAAGGAGGGGCAUGGAAUUCCUUCCCAAACGCCUUGCCUUAAAUACGGCAAUCCCGCGGCAUUGAUUGCGCGACGGGCACGCCCGCCCGUUAAUUCCGUGCCGCCCUCUGCCUCUUUCAAAUUCCAUCCCCAUCCCAUCCCCCCUCGCGUCUUCGUUCCUGGAGCAGCACGGGAGCAGAGCGGGUGCACGGGCGCGGCGGAGCGGAGGAGAUCGGGGGGAGUAGUAGAAGAGGUAUCGAGGCCCCCGGGGGCCGCCGCCGGGCUCCGCGAUGCACGCGUGCUUCCAUGUCGCUGGCGGCGGCAGCAGGGUCGCCAAGUCCAUCGGCAUCAUCGCCAAGAGCAUGAAGGCCCUGUCACUCACCAAGGUGAGGGCGGCGAGCGGCGGUGACGACCAAGAGCGGGCGCCGCGGCGACAGCGGCGGCGGCGGCAGCACCGGCGGCGUUCCCACGACGCCGAGGAGCCGCGGGACAAGGACGCCGCCGCGGCGUCGUCGUCGUCCGCGUCCUCGUCCGCCAAGAUCGCGCCGGCGCAGCCGCACGAAGCCGACGCCGGCGAUCACCACACGGAUCGCCUCCACGCGGGCGAGGAGCAGCGGGAGCAUGGAGGGGCGAGGCACGAGCACUGCGACAAGUGCUGCUCUCCCUUGGACGCCGGCGGCGGCGGCAGCGGCGGCCGCGCUGGGGACGAGGAGGAGGCUGCCGCGGGCGUGGCGGACAGCGACCGGGAGUGGGCGGCGGAGCCGGAGCCCGGGGUGCUCAUGACGCUGGUGUCGCGCGGCGACGGCACCAACCACCUCCGCCGCAUCCGCUUCAGCGAGGAGUACUUCGGCGACGCCUGGGCGGCGCAGAGCUGGUGGGCCGACAACUGCGACCGCAUCGUCGAGCUCUACAGCGUCGUCGUCCAGCCCGAGCACCCCUCGCACGGCGACGAGGACGACGACGAUCCGGCAGCCCCCGUCACCCCGUGCCAAUCCGAGGACGACGACCACCAACAUUCGGAUGGGAUCGGGGAGCUGGAGUACUCGGCGUCGGCGUCCGGAGGGUCCACCUCCAACUUCUCCGGGCCGUCCAGCGGCAGCGGCAGCGGGUCGGCCAACAAGGUGGACUCCCCAAUCCUCGGGCUCGUCACCGAGGCCGACAGCUUCACAAGGGCAGCCCAGACGAAGCACAGCUACAAAACAACGAGACAAGGACAGUGACACUUACCUGGAAGAUUAUACGUGUUCAUCAGCCUCAUUACAACCUGAUGAGUAACUGAUGGCGACCCCUGCUGCAUCCUGACUGAAAUCCUUUACAAAACCGUUUCCAACGGUUGUUACAGUGCCUAACUUAUAGUUGCACACUACGGCUGUUUGCUUGUAUGAUAUUUUGCUGAAAUGUACAUAGUAUUUACAAUUUAGCCCAGAU